CCCGAAUUUAGACUGUUCCAUGGUGCUGCUGCCAUUCCCGUUCUUGUGACCUUCCCUCGCCUUCUGUGGAAUACAUCUUCUCUUCACGGUUAAAGAACUCGAUGGUGAGCUCGUGGAAGACAUCAUAGGUAAUAUGAAGCGAAGGUAAUGGACUCUGGUGUCAUCCAAUGGAAAGAUCUAUUGGCCGAGAUGACCGCCAUCACACUUCUUACGUCGGAUGGGUGGAGAGGAGUCAGGACAGAAUACAAGACAAGAAGGGCGUGCAAAUGUCACGCCCCGGAACCGGUCAUGAACGAUAUACCCAACAGGAUGGUAGAACAAGUCAUCGAAACAGCGCAAAGAUUUCAGAAUUCAAAUCCGGCGGCAAGUACCAGGAGGGGUAUCAAAGCGAUAAUCAGACGGCUCCUGGAUCCACCCACCGCUCUGGUUACCCAUCCAGUAAUCAGUCCAGCAGACGGUCUAGCACUCACUCCGUUCAACCCACCUCAAAAUCAAAAACAACCAAUCAGCUGCAGUCGAGGGAUUUCAUGGCAAACGAGAAAAGCAUACCGACUUAUCCAAAAUCAGUUAAUCAAACAAAUAACCCAAAUAUUGAUCCAGGACCACGGACAUCCCAGAGAAAUAAGAGACCAACAUCACUCCAGGAUAUCCAGCCCUCUAUUCACCAGGACAGAUCUCCGGCUAAAUACAGCACACUUCCAUCUAAACGAUCAAGUCUACCACCGAAUACGGCACAAUAUACCGGAUCCCACGCAUUUAAACAGCCCGAAAAACAUCAAAAACACUACAAACGUUCGAUAUCGGCGCCCCAGGGUAAUGAUGUGCAUCAUGGUGAAUCGGCCAUGCGACCCAAGGACGUUAAGUAUAGCACGUUACAAGGACAGCGUCAUCACGGUUCUCAUUCGUCGUCUAAUAUUAAAUAUAGCACGUUACAGUCAUCUAGGCGUAGUUUACAAUCUGUCAUCACCGAGCAACCAAUAUCAGAAAAUCUGGACUUUGAGUUUAUACAGACACCCGUUAAAAAGUCUGCGAAACCCGACAUAGCCUCGUCACCCAGUAGAGUCUCCUUUCAGAAUAUACCCGUAGACAAACUGGAUGAUAUUUCUCUAGAUAUAACAUCCAGUCCCGAGACACCAAACUUCACACUAUCACAUUCCACCAUAGAGAAACAUCGUCACCAGGUUCAGCUAGGGUUCCCGAGUGCCCCCUAUCAUACUAUUCCCCUCAUUUUCCGCCAGAACACAUGUUUUUCAUGCUUUAGUGUUUUUACGUUAGUGUUUUUCUCUUUGUUGAUAUUUAUACCAUUUACUGUGAUUUUCAUCAUAUUUGUGCCUCUGUGUUUUAUCGUUAAGCGUUUAUUCGAUUGUCUUUGUUUUUGCCCAUAUUGGAGAAACUGUUGUGUUUAUUGUUGCCAUGACCACCUGACAGGAAGCGAACACGUCUGGAUAGAAUCGGAAAUGCAAUCAACAAUGGUCGCUCAGAGUUUGAUAAUCGUUGAGCACGGCCUGGAUAUUCAUAAAAUACGAGAUCUCAUAAAUGUUCGAUUAAUUUCUGCCGAGAACCGACGAGGGAAGCGUUUGUAUCCACGAUUCCGCCAGAAGGCUGCGCCAUUUUGUUGUGGUUACGCUUGGGUAAAUGAUUCAGACUUUGUUAUCAAUAAUCACGUGUUCAACAUGCCAAAUUAUAUCAAAACUUUGGAUGAACUUCAGGAAUACACAUCAGAAAUGGCGUGCAAAGGAUUACCCAUGGAACAUCCGCUCUGGGAAAUUCAGGUGUUGGUCAACUAUGGACAGCAGAAGGACACGGUCUUGUUGUUUCGGAUGCAUCCAUGCAUGACAGAUGGCGUCUCCUUGGUUAGAAUCUUAGAGCAAGCUUUAGUGGAUACCCACACCAUUCAACCAGCCGAUCUGAAUUUUGCUGGCACUUCAAGUUGUUUACAGUCUUUCAAAGCUUUCUUCCUCGGUCCUGUCACUUUUUUUCGUAAAUAUUUAUGUCUUAAACGUGAUUUUAAUUUGAUCCACGGUCGACAUAUUCAUCCAUCUGGUAAGACAGUGGUCGCUUGGUCGGAACCGUUCAGUUUGAGUGCUGCGACCAGAAUAAAACAAGUAGCUAGAUGUACUUUAAAUGAACUUUUUUUUUCCAUCGCGGCAGCUAAUAUGCGACGUUAUAUGCAAGUUAACGGAAUAUCGAAUCCUUAUAAUAUGCACUGUGCGGUACCAACAGAUUUCAACACGGAUCAGUCGACGAUAUCUAUGGGAAACAAAUACACGUUCGUAGUUCUGCCUCUUCCAACAAAUAUUGAAGGUGCUAUUCCCCGAUUAUGGGAGACUAAGUUAUCCAUGGAACAGUUCAAAUCCUCUCCCGAGGCAGCAAUUGUGCGAAAUGCAAUGUGGUUCACCCACGCUACACUGCCAAAAUCAUCUUGCCAUAAAUUUUGGAGAAAUAUCUACAAGAAAUGUACAUGUUUGCUUUCGAAUUUAGUCGGACCAAAAUCUGUUCUAAAGCUUGCCAGUCGUGAAAUUAAGUGUAUAAUAUAUUGGUUACCUCCCCUGGAUGAUAUUGCUGUGUCGAUAUCGUUUAUAACUUACGGAGAACAGAUCCGAAUGGCUGUCGUAUCGGAUCGAUCCGUGUUACCUAAUCCAGAAUUAUUAACAACAGAUUUCUUUCAUCAGUUGGAAACUUUAUCUCAGCUGUUGGCUAAUCGUAGAAUACCAGGUGAACAGUUAAAUCGUAAAAUGGAGAAUGCUCAACUUUUAUCAGGUUUUACCUUAAAAGAUCUCACUAUUGAUCAGAUGCAGUUACAGAUGACUUUAUUACAGCAAGAAAUCCAUGAAAUAAAACUUCAAUUAGACGCGAGUUCAUCUCAUCGAAUAACUCAUAGUGAGGCCCAUUUAAUGCAGAGAAUUGAGAAUUUAAAAGAACAAUUCCGUGAAAUCAUGGUGGAGUUACGACAGAAACGAGCUGAAGAGAACGAAUCAGCUGUAAUUAUUGCUGAUGAAUGCAAUUUGGAAGAUGAAACAGAUAUUGACAGGCCACAAAAACCAUUCCGAAGACGAACUUUAUCAAUGUCAUCGAGAAUGUCGACAGCCUCGGUAUCAUCUACGGUGCGCCCUCUAUCAACCACAACAUCCAAUCAGCCAUCUCCUACUCAAACCUUUCUACCAUCAUGGCCAGAGUUAGAGGUACAUGAUGUGGAAAUGGCCUUACAGUCUUCAAAUAAACCAAGUUAUAAAAAACAUCGUCUGUCAACAAUGGACGAAUAUCAACUAGACGAUACUAUCACAGAAUCAGACGAAAGACGAUAUCAAACAUAUUAAGCUUUUUCAGCUUUCCCAAAUAAAACAAGUUUUUUAAUGUA